AUGGAGGUGUCCGCCAACGGGUCCAGUUUUGGCAUCGACUCGCUGCUGUCCCACCGGCCGGGAAGUCCGGUGUCCAAAGGGGACGGCGCGGCGGGGGAGUGCCGCUCGCCUCUGGAGUUCAGCCCCAGAUCGGACGCGGAGAGCGGCUGCUCGUCGCCGCCGUCCCCGCGGAGGGAGUGCGGCGGCGGCGGCGGCGCGGACCAGGUGGCCCAGAGGCAAGGUCGCGGCGGCGGCGUCGGCCUGCCGCCGCACCUCCAGCUCGCGCAGAUAUCGGCGGGGUCGCAGCAGAGGACCGUGACCUCGUCGUUCCUCAUCAGAGACAUUCUCGCGGACUGUAAGCCCCUCGCCGCGUGCGCGCCGUACUGCAGCAAUGGACAGCCGACGCAGGAGACGGGCAGGAUGAUGGUGUCCAAGAUAGCGGAAGACUUUAUGGAGAAAAUCCACAGCAACUCGUCGUCAGACAGUGAAUACAAAGUGAAAGAGGAGGGGGACCGGGACAUCUCCAGCAGCAGGGACAGCUCUCAGGCCCGGCUCAAGAAGCCCCGGAAGGCCCGCACGGCCUUCACGGACCACCAGCUGGCGCAGCUGGAGCGCAGCUUCGAGCGCCAGAAGUACCUGAGCGUCCAGGACCGCAUGGAGCUGGCGGCGUCCCUCAACCUCACCGACACGCAGGUCAAGACCUGGUACCAGAACCGGAGGACAAAGUGGAAGCGGCAGACCGCGGUGGGUCUGGAGCUGCUGGCGGAGGCUGGGAACUACUCCGCCCUGCAGAGGAUGUUCCCGUCCCCGUACUUCUACCCGCAAAGCCUGGUGUCCAACCUGGACCCCGGAGCGGCCCUCUACCUGUACAGAGGCCCCUCGGCGCCCCCUCCGGGCCUGCAGAGACCCCUGGUGCCGCGCAUCCUACUGCACGGCCUGGGGGGCAGCGAGCCGCCGCCUCUGCCCCCCAUGUCCAGCGUCCUUACCCGGCCAAGUCAGCAGCGGUGA